UCUGAAGAGUAAGGAAUCAAAAGAGUCAUUAUAAUGAAUUGCUGUUUACUGCUGCCUUUUAUGUUGGGAAUUCCUCUCCUAUGGCCUUGUCUUAAAGCAACAGAAAACUCCCAAGCAAAGAAAGUCGAGCAACCAGUGGGAGCUCAUGGGAGAGUGAAGCGUGGCUGGGUGUGGAACCAAUUUUUUGUACCAGAGGAAAUGAAUACGACUAGUCAUCACAUUGGCCGGCUCAGAUCUGAUUUAGACAAUGGAAACAAUUCUUUCCAGUACAAGCUUUUGGGAGCUGGAGCUGGAAGUACUUUUGUCAUUGACGAAAGAACAGGUGACAUAUAUGCCAUACAGAAGCUUGAUAGAGAGGAACGAUCCCUCUACAACUUAAGAGCCCAGGUAAUAGACAUCACUACUGGAAGGGCUGUGGAACCUGAGUCUGAGUUUGUCAUCAAAGUUUCGGAUAUCAAUGACAAUGAACCAAAAUUCCUAGAUGAACCUUAUGAGGCCAGUGUACCAGAGAUGUCUCCAGAAGGUACAUUAGUCAUCCAGGUGACAGCAAGUGAUGCUGAUGAUCCUUCAAGUGGUAAUAAUGCUCGCCUCCUCUACAGCUUACUACAAGGCCAGCCAUAUUUUUCUGUUGAGCCAACAACAGGAGUCAUAAGAAUAUCUUCUAAAAUGGAUAGAGAACUGCAAGACGAGUAUUGGGUAAUCAUUCAAGCCAAGGAUAUGAUUGGACAGCCAGGAGCAUUGUCUGGCACAGCAAGUGUAUUAAUUAAACUUUCAGAUGUUAAUGACAAUAAGCCUAUAUUUAAAGAAAGUUUAUACCGCCUGAGUGUCUCUGAAUCUGCACCUACUGGGACUUCCAUAGGAAGAAUCAUGGCAUAUGAUAAUGACAUAGGAGAGAAUGCAGAAAUGGAGUACAGCAUUGAAGAGGAUGAUUCACAGACAUUUGACAUCAUUACUAAUAAUGAAACUCAAGAAGGAAUAGUUAUAUUAAAAAAGAAAGUGGAUUUUGAGCACCAGAACCACUAUGGUAUUAGAGCAAAAGUUAAAAACCAUCAAGUAGAUGAGCAGCUCAUGGAAUACCACACUGAAGCUUCCACCACUUUUAUUAGGAUCCAGGUGGAAGAUGUUGAUGAGCCUCCCCUUUUCCACCUUCCAUAUUAUAUAUUUGAAGUUCUUGAAGAAAACCCACAAGGAUUAUUUGUAGGCAUGGUAUCUGCCACAGACCCAGAUAAUAAGAAAUCUCCUAUCAGGUAUUCUAUUGCUAGAAGCAAAAUGUUCAGUAUUGAUGACAAUGGCACAAUCACUACAACUAGCCCACUGGAUCGGGAAAUCAGUGCCUGGUACAACCUAAGUAUUACAGCCACAGAAAAAUACAAUAUAGAACAGAUCUCUUCGAUCCCUGUGUAUGUGCAAGUUCUCAAUAUCAAUGAUCAUGCUCCUGAGUUCUCUCAAUACUAUGAGACUUAUGUUUGUGAAAAUGCAGGCUCUGGUGAGGUAAUUCAGACUAUCAGUGCAGUGGAUAGAGAUGAAUCCAUAGAAGAGCACCAUUUUUACUAUCAUCUAUCUGUAGAAGACACCAACAAUUCAAGUUUUACAAUCAUAGAUAAUCAAGAUAACACAGCUGUCAUUUUGACUAAUAGAACUGGUUUUAACCUACAAGGAGAGCCUGUCUUCUACAUCUCCAUCUUAAUUGCCGACAACGGAACCCCGUCACUCACAAGUACAAACACCCUUACUGUCCAAGUCUGUGACUGUGAUGACACUGGGAGCACACAGACCUGCCAGUACCAGGAACUUAUGCUUUCCGUGGGAUUCAAGACAGAAGUCAUAAUUGCUGUUCUCAUUUGCAUUAUGAUAAUAUUUGGUUUUAUUUUUUUGACUUUGGGCUUAAAACCACGAAGGAAACAGAUUCUAUUUCCUGAGAAAAGUGAAGAUUUCAGAGAGAAUAUAUUCCGAUAUGAUGAUGAAGGGGGUGGAGAAGAAGAUACAGAGGCCUUCGAUAUAGCAGAGCUGAGGAGUGGUACCGUCAUGCGGGAACGCAAGCCGGGGAAAAGCACCUGCGCCGAGAUCAGGAGCCUAUACCGGCAGUCUUUGCAAGUGGGCCCCGACAGUGCCGUAUUCAGGCAGUUCAUUCUGGAAAAGCUCGAAGAAGCUAAUACGGAUCCGUGUGCUCCUCCUUUUGAUUCCCUCCAGACCUACGCUUUUGAGGGAACAGGGUCAUUAGCUGGAUCCCUGAGCUCCUUAGAAUCAGCAGUCUCUGAUCAGGAUGAAAGCUACGAUUACCUUAACGAGUUGGGACCUCGCUUUAACAGAUUAGCAUGCAUGUUUGGUUCUGCAGUGCAGUCAAAUAAUUAGGGCUUUUUAACAUCAAAAUUUUUUAAAGUGCUAAUGUGUAUUCGAACCAAAUGGUAGUCUUAGUAAAGAGUUUUGUGUCCCGGCUUGUUGGCCAGGAAAGCCCUAGUCUACAGAGUUUUGUGAUUUCCCUGGAAUAAAUACCCAAUGGUUAUUUUAAGCUAACUACAUGCUGUGGUUGAACAGAGAUGUGGAAAGAGAUGUAAACAAUCAACUCACAGGCAUCAGUACAAGCCAGCUCUAGCAUAUAACUAAAAUAUUCCUCUAUUAUUUUUCAA